CAUCCUGCGUAUGCUACAGCGAAGUAGCCGCUAAAGAAAAGGAGGAGCUCCAUCGUUGUGUAGAGUCUUAACGAGCAACUAUGUGAGAAGGACUGAGAGGAAGAAAAGAUAAGAAGGUUCGCGACGCGAGAAGGCUGAUAAAGUAACUCUCGAAGGGACGAGGCUGAAGGAUUGUAGUGCAGAACGUGCUAUCCGAAUCCAGACGAGACUCUGUCUGCAGGUCAGCAUGGCAGCGGCUAAUUGGAUGCUGCUUGGUAUUGUGACCAGUGAUAUGUCGGAGGGGACGCCUCGAUGCGCAUUCGUACGAGUAGUCAAUUGGUCCAGAACAAGAUCUGCAGCCUCGAAGGCAAUUGGGGGCGGAAAGGAAUCCAUCCAAUUGGACGAGAUGGUCGUUCCCCAAGAUCACCCUCGAUGGUUUAUGGCGUUUCAGUGGUGGAUACUAUCAGAUUCAAGAGGGUAUUCCAGUCAUUGGUUUGAUUAUUCCCUAGGAAGGCCUAUUCAAUCUUCAACCCUAUACCCAUAACUCCGCUCCAACUCUUGCUUUCUAACACGCAACUAUCUUUUUCGGCCUCACGUACUCCAUUCUCGUCUCCGCUUCUUCACUUCUCACGCCGUUUUCCUGUCCCAAACGACGCAGCUCUGCUAUUCCGCGCCCCCCCCUUUUGUCCCUAACUCUUCUUCCCGUCUCUGAAUCGAAUAUAGAGCGGAGUGUCUUCAUUCUCUU